GUGGUGGCGGCGUGGGUGGCUGGGGUGGACCUCGCCGCGCCAGGACCCAGACGUUUGUACCCGAGCGACGCGAGCCUCGGGGGACAGGGAAAAGACUCGCUGCUGACGGUCAUCAAGUACAUCAUAGAAAACUUCCUCGGCUCGUGUGACAUCAUGGUGCUGUACGACCAGAGGGGCAGAGCGGCGGAUGCAGAGGCCCUCUUACGUGUCGGGCGUCCGGCGGUGGUGGAGGGCCUGCGUGCUGACGAAGGCGGUGACGGCAAUGCUCUGAGGCUGCCGGACGAGGCGCAGUUCCCCGGCGCAACUGACUGCCCGGCUUACUUCAUAUUCUCGGAAAAAGCCGAGUCGCUCCUCUCGCUGGUGGAGUCCUCGGGGUUCCAGUCACAGCUUCACUACCUGGGACGAUUCAUCUUCGUGACGGCCCAGGCGGCGGGGGCGGCGCGGCUCAUCCUGGACAACCCGGUCAUGGCUUGGCGGCCCCACGCCCUUGUCAUUAAAGCGUCCAGCGGGGUCAGGCAGGGCGUGAACUACGAGGUGUGGAGCCACGAGGUGUUCCGGGAGGACGUGGCGGAUAAGGAGCGCGUGCACCUGGUGGAGCGGUGGCGGCGCGGCGAGGCCCAGCGCGGCACCCACCUGUUCCCCGACAAGCUGAGUAACUUCUACGGCAACGAGCUACGGGCGGUGACCUUCGAGCACGCGCCUUCCAUAGUGGAGGUGGAGGAGAGCUCUGGCGACCACCACUACGACGGGAUCGACAUUCGGCUGCUGUACAUUCUGGCCGAUGCGCUCAACUUCCGCCUCAAGAUCGUGAACCCUUCGGACGGCGGCAAGUGGGGUUCCGCGCUGGACAACGGCACCUGGACGGGCCUAACCGGGGACCUGACGCAGCAUCGGGCACACAUGGGCGUCGCCAACCUCUUCAUCCACAUCCACUACCUAGAGGUCGUGGACAUGACGGUGCCGUACGACAUGGAGUUUGGCUGCUUCAUCACGCCGCUGCCCAAGCCUCUGCCGCAGUGGGUCGCCCUCUCGUACCCCUUCAGUCUCCAGGUGUGGGUGCUGACGAUGGUGUUCCUGGUGGUGGGCACGACGCUGCUCUACCUCGCCUCCCUCGCCGCCCGCGUCAUCCUCCAGAACGAGACGUGGGACGGCAGCUUCUCCCGCACCGUCUUCUACGCCGCCGGCAUCUUCCUGAGCGUCGGGAUGCCUCAGGUGCCGCGGAGUGACGUGACGCGGAGCUACUUCAUCAUGUGGGUGUGGUACGGGUUCCUGCUCACCGCUGUCUACCGCUCCUCCCUCACCGCCUUCCUCACCAUCCCCCUCUCGCAGGAGCCCAUUGACACGCUGCACCAGCUGGUAUCGUCGUCCCUCCCGGCCUGGGGCGCCACGGGUCUCACCUUCAAGAAGAUGCUGCAGGAGAACCCAGACCCGAUGGUGCAGCGGCUCGCCCUUCGCUAUCUGCCCGUGAGCGGCGCCGAGGAGGGCAUUAGGCUGACGGCGGAGCGGAAAUACGCCAUGAUGGAAAACCGGCAGUUCCUCGAGUACAUGAUCGCCACUAACUACACCAACAAGUACGGCGAGGAGACGCUGCACGUGAUGAGGGAGUGUUUCCUUCCUUUCAGGAUCGGUAUGGCCUUGCCCAAGAAGGCUCCCUACAAGCCCAACUUCGACAGGGUGGUGCGCCGCGUCGUGGAGGCCGGCCUGGUUCGCAAGUGGUUCAGCGACAUUCUGUUCAGCAGCAGGAAGCGAGGGACGGCGGGCGGCGGGGAGGAGAGCCGCAGCGAGGCGCUCACCGUGGACAACCUGCAGGGCGCGUGGCUGCUGCUGGGCGCCGGCUGGAGUGUGUCAGGGGCCGUCAUCCUGCUGGAACUGCUUUUUGGUUCGUCCGGCCGCCGCGUCAGUGCCGGCAGCCAUACGCCGCAGAAAUGAAAUUUUCAUGCAAACAUAAGAACAU